UCAUUUCAACACCAGCAGCAACUCCAAGAUCUUCCCGCCUCCUGCUCUCUUUUCAAAGCAGACAUGUUCUCCAACGGGCUCAGCUUCGCGGCCCUGCUCUCCUCCGUCGCGCUCACUCACGCCGCCGUUCCCUACCUCCACGUCGUUGACCUCGGGGUCACGGACAUCCGCUCCCCAUCUGAGUCCCACAGUAUCAGCUACACCGUCUCCACCCCCAAUGCAGUCUACGAGCAAGGCUACGCCGAUCCCUACGAUGUUAGCAUCUCAUGGAAUGGCUGUGACCCGCCGACUUGCUGGACACCAGCCGGCAACUUUUACAACCGAGUAACUCCAGGCUCGUACAAAGGCGCAAACGACUUUCAGCUGGAUGUCUACAAGUACUGGUUCUACCGCUCCCCGUCUCUGUUCAACGUGACACUCAACGUUGUGGAGGGCACGACGACGGGGUAUGGGUGCGAGGAAAGUGGGCCCAGCCAGAAGACCUGUGCAUUGGAAGGCGAGGCAGGGCUCACUGCGGAUUGGGCCAUUCAGUACUGGCAGGACGCGGUCAUGCCUAGCCCGGUCUGUUAGCAAUGUUGAGUGAGGAAUGGGAAGUAUGGUGGUGUGAAGGUAGCGACG